CUUUUAAAGACUAGACUUCAAAUCAAAAUUAAGUUUCGAAUCAAAAUCAAUAGAAACACGUAUCCAAUGAUUGUGUUUACCGAAUGGCUGACUACGAUUUCAGCGGGUAUCCUUGCAUCCGCUCCGGCGAUUUGGUUUCUUAAGAGGGUCAACGAGGAGGAGUCGCCUGCAAAGAUUUCGGGGCACUUGGAAACGGCGGUGAUCGAUGGAUUGACCAUAGAUGAACCCAAGAUUCUCGGCUCCGAACGGAUCUGCAAUGUCCUGCAGCACAUUUUUAGCAGUGAACCGGAUUCCAGUCACGUCUACAUAGAUGCAAUGCACAAUCGCAGUGCCAAUAAACAAAACUACGCCCUGGGCUCCGAAUCCCUCAAUCGAAUGCUGGAGGACAUAAUGUCCUCCGCAGAAAGUGUGAACAGCAGGUCCUUGUCCAUGGAGCCGGCAGUUGAAGUUUGAUGAUUGGCUUAAAUGGGUUUAAAUUCAAUAGCCAUUGACGUUUGAAGUAUGUUUUCGAAUAAAAUAAAUGAAAACUGCAGAUUUCCCUAGCUAA